UUACAGACCUUUGUUCGUGUUGUUGCAUUAAGUAACACGAGUGAUGACAAAGAGCUGCAGCAGUUAAAAGACAACCAGACGACCCUACUGGCUCUCACUUCCAACCUGACAAACCUCAACAACAAGAUCAGCUCAGACAAUGAAAACUUGAGGAAAAACUACACAAAUCUGAGAGUCCAGUGUGACAACCUGACACAAGCCUCUGCUGUCUUAAAGAGCACGAUCACAAGCCUGACUGCAGAAAACCAGGACCUGAAGACACAGAGGAACAACUUAACACAACGAAUACAAAACAUGGAGAGAAACUCGAAUGAGCUCAACAUCAGUCGAACUCAGUGGAGCAUUGAUGCCUACUGCCCCAGAGAAAGUAAUGGAAGAAAGUGUAAUGCUUGUCAGAAAGGCUGGGAGCUCUUCCAGUCCAGCUGUUAUACAUUUAAUGACGCUGAGCCCCCUAAUCAGAAAACCUGGGAAGAAGCUCGAGAAGACUGCAGAGGAAAGAUUUCAGAUUUGGCUGUUAUAGAUAAUGACACUGAGAAGGUAAUGAAGAAAAUGUGA